GUGAAUAAUUAAGCGGCCUCCUCCUCUGAGGCAGGCCUCCAUCUGCAGGCCGCACUCUGCAGCCUCCUCGCUGCCCACUGAACCCCGGGUGCCUGUAGAGACCGACCCUCAGUGCUCCCCGCCUCCUGCUCAGCACCGGCACAGCCACCCUAAUGGCACCCGAGAUGGACCAGUUCUACAGGUCCACCAUGGCCAUCUACAAGAGCAUCAUGGAGCAGUUCAACCCUGCCCUGGAGAACCUGGUGUACCUGGGCAACAACUACCUACGGGCCUUUCACGCCCUGUCCGAGGCAGCUGAGGUGUACUUCAGGGCCAUCCAGAAGAUUGGGGAGCAGGCCUUGCAGAGCUCCACCUCGCAGAUUCUGGGGGAGAUCUUGGUGCAGAUGUCGGACACCCAGCGGCACUUGAACUCAGACCUGGAGGUGGUGGUGCAGACAUUCCAUGGAGACCUGCUGCAGCACAUGGAGAAGAACACCAAGCUGGACAUGCAGUUCAUCAAGGACAGCCGGCAGCACUACGAGAUGGAGUACCGCCACCGAGCCUCCAACCUGGAGAAGUGCAUGUCCGAGCUAUGGCGCAUGGAGCGCAACAGGGACAAGAACGCCCGGGAGAUGAAGGAGAGCGUGAGCCGGCUGCACGCCCAGAUGCAGGCCUUCGUGGCCGAGAGCCAGCGCGCUGCGGAGCUCGAGGAGAAGCGGCGCUACCGCUUCCUGGCCGAGAAGCACCUGCUGCUCUCCAACACCUUCCUGCAGUUCUUUGGCCGGGUGAGUGCGGUGGGGGAGGCCGCACCCCAGGUGGCUGCACACAGGAGUCCUCCUCCGUCCUUCCUUCAUCUGGGCUCCCCGCGCAGCCGGCACGGCUCCGGCUCCUACGGUCCUGAGCCCCCCGAGGCGAGGUCCGCGUCCCAGCUGGAGCCAGACCGCCGGUCCCUGCCCCGGACGCCGUCGGCCGCCUCGCUCUACACCAGCAGCUCCCAGCGCUCGCGCUCCAACUCUUUCGGCGAGCGCCCGGGAGGCGGCGGCAGCAGCGGGGGUGCCAAGAGAGUCCGUGCCCUGGUCUCCCACUCCGAGGGCGCCAACCACACGCUGCUGCGCUUCUCGGCCGGAGACGUGGUGGAGGUGCUAGUGCCCGAGGCCCAGAACGGCUGGCUCUACGGCAAGCUGGAGGGCUCCUCCGCGAGCGGCUGGUUCCCCGAGGCCUACGUGAAGCCUUUGGAGCAGGUGCCCGGGAGCCCCCUGAGCCCCGCGAGCCCCGUGACCUCCGUGAACCCCGCAAACGAGCUACCUUCCAGGUCCUACCCGCUCCGGGGCACCCACAGCCUUGAUGACCUCCUGGACCGGCCAGGCAACCCCGCAGCGUCCUCCGAGUACUGGGACGGCCAGUCUCGGCCCCGCACCCCAAGCGGGGCCCCAAGCCGCGUCCCUAGCCCUGCGCCUGCACCCUUGCCCGGCAGCCGCCGAAGCAGCAUGGGGGGUAUCAAUGACGUCAAGAAACUGAUGUCCUGGGAGCAGCACCCGCCAGAGCUCUUCCCCCGGGGCACGAACCCCUUUGCCACCGUGAAGCUGCGUCCCACUGUCACCAAUGACCGCUCCGCACCCAUCAUCCGCUGAGGGGCGCCCCUGGGGGGCCCGAGGUGGCCUGUGCACCUGCGAGGAGCUGUGUGGUGGCCGUGGUGGCAGCAGCAGCCCCCGCGGAUCCCAGAUGCUGGAGCCCUGACCCUGCGGGGCCUUCCCGACCCGCCCCUCAGCCCCAGGGCUCAGGACAGCGGCCUGUGGUCUGGGCGUCGCAGCACAGCAGGGGACUGAGGGACAGAGCAGCCUCUUCUCUUCCCUCAGGGGCGAGAACUCCCCCAGGGCCGCCUCCUGACCCCAGCCCUGCCCCCACUCUCCCCGUGGGGAGGAGACCCCUGUCCCCUUUCCCUUUUGUAAAGGAUGAAAAUAAAGGCAGUGGGCGUGGCCCAGG